CUAUCUUUUCCCAAAGUUGUUUAUAUAAAAUAAUCAUUCAAAUGUUUAUUGAAAAUUUCUUUUCUUUUCUAAUUUUUACUAUGGUUUUGAAUUUUUAUUCUAUUACACUUUGCUCUAUCAGUCGCUUUUUGAUUACUCCUUAAAGACUUCACCACCACUUCAUGGCCUUUGUUAAAAUGUUAAAGUUCACUUGAUAAACAGAAUAUACGUUCUAGGACACUAAACAUUACCUCCAAAAUCAUUAUAAAAUUAAAAGUAGAUACUUUUUUGAGUAAUCCAAUUACUCUUAACUGUUUAGAGUAUUAGAGUUGAUACAGUGCACAUGUGUUAGUGUGCUCCAAAAACCAAACGUAAUAUAACUUCCAGCCUACUAUAGCGUAUGGCUAUAGUUGCAGGUGCUUUAGGGUUUAGAACAAUUAUAAAAAAAAAAAAAAAAUGUUCACCCGAGGCAGAGUCGAGUCAAAAUUCGAAACAUCAUAAAUUUUAGGUAUGCAUAAAUAUACCCUACAAUACCACAAACGACGCCCCUGAAUGAGGUUGAUUACAACUAGGUUUAUUCGGACAAAAGUCGAAACAUGACAUUUUACCUAAGUAUCAUGGACACCUCGCGUUUUACCUGGGCAUUUCUGAGAUUUGCCCGUAACAUAUAAAUACAUAAUACCAGCCUCGUCUCAAGGUGUACCAAAGCGGCCUAGGGUGGCAUUUUUCGAGGAUGUUAUUUAAACUUGUUAACGGAGUAUCAACAUGUAUAGGGGGCGGCAAACUUAAGUUUGCUGAGGUGGCAGGUGCGUUUAAAUGCCCGAACCGGGCCAACACAAUACAGUGAAAACGCUUAUAAUGACAUUCAAUGGAUUAGUUAAAAAUAGUCAUAAUAACCGUUGUUAUUAUAAACGAUACCAAAGUACCUACUUUAUACAGGUACCUCCCUAAUAUUUGAAUAAGACAAUAAUUUAACGAAUUAGGUAAGUGAUAGCAUAGAAAAUGUAGAAAAUAACAUGAUGCCAUACAAACAAUAAGCAGUAGGCACCUUACCUAUCCAUAAGAAGGUAUCUUUAAUUCGUGAUCUAUAUAGGUACUAAUAUUAUCUACCGUGGUUCACUGUUUUUUCUCAGUACGGGUCUAAAAAGUAAAAACCAAGACGAAUGAUGAUAAGGGCUACUCGAAAAUCUUCAAUUUGUCAGACGACGAAUCUUUGUUAGUGAUAAGGUUUAAGAAUUGAGAAAAUCUUCGAACCCACAGAACCGUGCUUUACGGGUGUGACAUACGAUUCGUAAUAACAAGGGAAGACCUUGGCGAAUGCACAGAUGGACAGAAUAGACUGUACUUGCGGCGACCAGCUGUCGGGCUUUCCCGAUAUUCCGCAUUUUAGGUAUUCAUCUCGUCCGUCGGAGGUCGUACGGUCUCGUCGCGUCAUCACGUAAAUACGAUGCCGUAUGUAGGUACAGUACACCAUUAAGCCAAUUUGCCAUUUACCUAUUACCAGAUUACCUUCAAGUUCAGUUUUCGUUGGGUUGUCAUAGUAGCAGGGUGGUGGCGCGGUAAUACGCAUGCCCGGUUGUUCAUUCGCUCGGGUCUUCGGGGCGGACGUGGCGGCCUGCACUCCCGCAAUCGAUAUCCUUAUUGUAAUUGCGCCUUGACCCGCAGCCGGACGGUGCACGGAUCGUUACGACAUUUCUUACUUCCGACAAGUUUCAAAUUGACCAAUAUCGCCAGUGAGUAUACUCGAAUGCCUCGGUACGUUAAUGGAUAUCAACAAUAUUAUAUUAUUAUUAAUUAAAUAAUGACGACCCUUGAUUUUCCGUCUGUAUUGACAUUAUAGUUAACUUGUCAAACUGACAAUCGCGGAAUGGUUCAAUUUUUUCAUUUACGUUUUUAUUAGCGAUUUCAUUUUUAAAAAAAGUAUGUAAUAUUUAUUUGUUUUUUUUUAUUUUUAUAAUAAAUAUAAACAAUUAUGGCAUACCUAAUUCUAUGUUGGCCACCUAUCGAUUUUUGGAUGAACUAUGUUUGGAAGUUAUGACCAAUAAACCUUAAAGGUGGCCAAAUGCUUCCAAACACAAUAUUUAAUGUAAUUUCUAUAGAAAGUUCAAAAUAUUUUUGAAUAAAAAAAUAAAAAUUGUACUUUUCCGUUAUCUCAACCACCAGAUGGUAACGAGACUACCUGCCAGCAUAGAGUAAUAUAACUAUGAAAGCCUGUCACUUAAUUGUUAUCUCAAUUUCCUAGAUCCCUUAAAUUCUGACAUCUGUCUACUAAUGAUCGUGUCAGUCGAUUUUCAUGUUAUCAAAAUUGAUAUUUUUUAACUAAAGUAUUUGAAUAAUAUAAUAGAUUGGAAUUAUUAUAUGCAAGAAUUAUGUUCGAUUGCUAUUAUAAAAACAUCAGAAGUCCAGGAACAUUUUUUGAAAAUGAUUAAUCUCUUUUCUACGAAUCAAUAAGAGUAUGUUUUCUAAAAGACAGAAUAACACUUAAAUUAAUAUUAUCACAACUAGAACCACAACAGUGGAUCUUUAGAGACAUUUGUCACAAAACUAAUGAGACAUUUAUUUUUCAAGUGCCUGUCAUAAUUUGUAAUGCCUAGUAUGUGAUGUAUUUUGAACAAAAAAUUAAAAUAUUAAUUCAUUUCAUUUUACUAAAUUUCUAUGAUAACAAAGCAAGCGUAUUUGGUAGUGAAGAUAUCAAUAAAGUACCAAAACAAUUGAUAGGUUGCUAAACUAGAAUCGUUCCAAAUAGUUAAUAAUAUUAUAUUUUAGGUAGAGAGUGUAAAUUAUAGAUUGAUACCUAAUAUGAAAUUUAUUAUUUCAAAAGUUUUUGUACAUAGGUAAUUAUCCAUAUUUUAUAUUUGUAUGGUUUUAUUAAUCUAAUGUAUGUAUACCUAUAGACUAUAAUAUAAUAUUUAAAUCUAAACUAUCAAAUUCCAAUUAAUGAGAAAUUAAUGAUUUAUACAUAUUGAAUCAAUAGUUUAUUAUUUCUUAGCACUAUAAAUUUAUAAAAGCAAAACUAGAGUGGAACUAUUAAAUAUUAUAUUAUUCUAUAUUUUAUUUAUGAUACUCUAUUAUAGUAUAAUUAUUUUUUUUAAUUUCAGAUAAAUUAUCAAAAAUGACUCUUAAAGGCUGUUUAAAACGGUAAGAAUUUAAGUAUUUUAUUUUUAUUAUCUAAGUCUUUUUAUGUUUAAUACGAUUAAUUAUACAUAGUAUUAUAGUACUAUUUAUAAUUGAUGUUUGUACUUACAAAUAAUAUACAAUACCUAUACAUGCAUACCGUCUUGUAAAAAAUGACUUACAAAAAGUAUAUUCAUAAUAUAUAUUCAAUAAUAUUUGAAUAUUAGAAUACAUAUUUUAUUCCUGCUAACUAGUAAUUUAUGUUAAUUUUAUAAUUAUUUGGAAAUUAACAUUUGAUGACUCAAUAAUAUAUUGUAUAAAUUUAAAUAUACUUAUCAAAUAAAUAAUAUAUAUUUUAAUUAAUUCCUCUUGAAUACACCAGACCUUGUUAAUAGAUUUAAGACACUGUGUUUAAAAAAAUGUAAUUGCUCUGGGUAAAUAAUUCACUAAAUUAAUAGAAUAAAUACAUAAUAAUAUGAACAGUACGAUAAUUUAAAUGUUUAAAAAUAAUUAUAUUAUAUGUUUACAAUGGGUGGGAAGUUUUUUUACCUCAAAUCACCAAAUAAUUUUCUAUCUUUCCACCUACCAAAAAACCCUACCACACUUUGUUCGUUAUCUACCAUUUGUUGCAUUUUUUGUAAUAUUUUAUAAUUUACUUAGACGUCUUUAAUGAAAUUUAUCAAAUUUCAACUAAUCAACAUUUUUUUAAUGACUUAUUUUGUUAAAAUAUAAUAAUUUUUGUUAUAUUUCUGAACACUCAGGCAUCCACGACCCACCUACCAGUUUUUUGUGAAUCACAUCAAAUACCCUUCACGCCACUGUAUGUAUGUAUGUAUAUAUAUAUAUAUGUAUAUAUAUAUAUAUAUAUAUAUGUAUAUAUAUAUAUGCACAUAGACAUAUAUAUAUAUAUGACAAUUUGUUUAUUUCUACAAAGAGAAUAUUGAAUUAACUCAUAGGAUGUUAUAUAGAAGAGUUUUAACUUUUAAUCUCUUGAUCUGUAUGUAAAAUGCUACAUUAAAAAUAUGAGGUACCUAUACUUUAAAUUAAAAAAAGUAUGUAUGUAAAUAUUAUAUUUUUGUUUUAAAUACUAUACUAAUUAUACUAACAAAACUAAUACCUAAUACUAUAUAAUCCAAUGCAAUAUUGUAGUAUUAAGUUGUAUAGUUUGUUUGAAGAUAAAAACAAAUUAUGUGACAAAAUAGAAUCUACAAUUUAAAAUUAAAUGUUUUUUUUUGUCACAAAUAGAAAAUUUUUUUCAGAAAAAAAAAUAUAUUUUAAUCAAUAAAAAAUACCAAUAUUCAGAUUAUAUAUUUGAAUAUUUUAGAUCCUGAGUGGAGUAAAGAAGCUUAUGAUUUUACAAAGAUAUGUAAUUUUUUUUUUUUUUAUCUGUUAACAACUUUUCUACCAGAAGAUUUGCUCAGAUAUCUGAAAAGAAAUCAGUAUGGGGAGGUACUUUAAAGAGGUAAUUUUUCGAUUUUCUCAAGAGUUUUCUCAUCAAAUGCGAAAAACCAUGAAAAAUGGUACAACAUUUAACAAAUAUUAUUAAAGAAAAUAUAUAAAGCCUAUUUAAUUAUUUUAUUAUAAAAUGAUGUAUAUAUUGUUGACAAAGCAUCACUAUCAACUAAACUCUACCCAGAAUUAUUUUUCGUAAGUAAUGGUUUAUCAUUGCUUACAGGUAUACAUUAAAUUUUCUAUAACAGUGUCUGCACCCGUCUGAAUUAUCCUAGGGCGUCUUUUUUGAAAUAAUAUUUAAAAUAUAAACUAAAUAUUAUAUGUUUUAAAUUAUUUUAAUGAUGAGUAAUAAAAUAAAAUAAAAUAUAUUAGAAGGUUACUUAAUAAAUAUAAUUAAAUAUUAAAAAAGUAUUAAUACUUAAAUACAAUUAAUAAUGAGUAUUAAUAGUCAAGUAAAUUAUAGCACAUAUAUUAUAAUUUAUAGGAAUAGUGCAUUGAUGGAAAAAAAUAUUAUUUUCUUUUUGAAAACAAAUUCCUUGUAUCUAGCUUUCCUAGUACCUGUAUAUAUAUAUAUAUAUAUAUAUAGGUAUUAAUAAUAUAUUAAGUAUUAUUAAAGAAGCAGAAUUAGAUAAAAUGUUAGUUAGGAUCUAAUUAACACAAUAAUAAUAACUAUCUUUGUUUAGUUUUUUUUGAUAAUUGUAUAAAGUAACAUACUCAACCCAACCCCUUAGUAUUUAAUAAUUAUUUUAUAUUUUGUUAAAAUGUUAGGUGAAACUCCUCCAUCUCCACACCACCAACUUAAGCACUGACUUUUACUGUCAUAAAAUGUAUCCUAUAAAUAUAGCAUUAUCUUAGAAGUAUAGACAGAUAACAUCAAAAUUAUAAUCUUGCUUUCUUAUCCUAUUAACUAUUGUUUGAUAUACAUUUGAAUUCUGUCUUAAAAAGGUGAAAAUAUUUCUUUGAAAAUCUAUGGUUUAAUUAUUUUAUUAUAAUUUUUCCUACUUAAGUCUAUUUAGUAAGUUUUUAUUUUAAAAAAUCUUGUAAUAAAUAUUAAAUUUGUAUUUGUUCAACAUUAUAUAACAUAUACAAGCUAUUCAGCUAUUUUUCUUCUUUGCUUACUACCCAAUGCUAAUGCAAAUACUUAAUCAUAAGUUAUUUCAGAAUUUGAAAUUAUUUUUAUGUUAUUUUACGUUGAUUUAAGAACUAUAUUAAUUAUAUGUUAUAAUAUAAUUACAAGUUUUGUUUUAAAUUUGUAAGAUUCUGAGAGGAGGAAUAUAUUGAUUUUAGUAAUUUUUUUCUAUGUCAUAGUAACUAGUAUGUGUGAUAUUUUUUUCUGUCAGAAAAUUUGCUUCAAUCAAACAUUAACAUUAUUUUCGAUUUUGGUAUUUUGUUGUAUGUAAGAUAAGAUUUAUAGGAUAUCUAAAUUAGACUUUUCAAUACAUCUUCACAUUUUCAAAACCAAUUUACCAAUUUUUAAGCUAUUUAUAGGAAUUUUUUAGUUUUUAUUUUUAUAGGUACUUAAAAUAAAAUUGUUUAACCAAACAUAAAUGCUUGACAAUUUAACAUGAGGUUUAUUAUAAGCUGUAUUUUUUUUAGUGCUUAACAGCUUCCAUCUGACAUGAUUUCUUACAAUUUCUGUGCUAGUCCUAUUGUCCACUUCCUUUGUAUUCUUAAUCACCUUGUCUAUCCAAUGUUCCCCCCAAUUUCUGACUAGUACAUUGAGGGUAAGUCUUCUAUCAGCUUGUCACACAUGGCCAGCCCAUUCCAUUCAGUUUGCCUUGAGAUACUUUCCAAUGUUUGGUUUUUUAUAUAAGUUUUCUAAAUCUCCAUUUUUCCUUCUUUUAUAUUCUUCAUUUUGGUUAGGUAGGGUCCAUGUAUUUUCCACGAAACUUUUCUUCAUCUCCCUGCGUACUUAGCUGUACAUAGUGGACAAAAGUAAAAAGUUGAGUGUAAUUUAGUAUUUUUCUUUUUUAAAAUCAAAUUUUGACAAAAAUUGUAAAUAUUACAGCAUUUUAAAACAUGUAUGUAUUGCUGAACUUUGCUCAAAAUCGUAUUUUCUUAUCUAUGGUUUAUUAUUGCUUUCAGAUAUAAAUUAAAUAACUUUAUCUGUCCUAACUUCCCACUUACAACAGCAGCACACCCAUCAACAGUAUCAGAUAUUUUUAUUCAAUACAAUCGCAUAGAAAAAUUAAGGUAUUUAGGUUCUUAAUACGAUCUAUGAAGCUAUGAAUAAGUAGGUAUCUUAACAUUAAAUUUUAAAAAAAGUUACAUUUCGUCACUAACAAUUAUUUCUUAUACAUUUACAUUUUAAAUCUUGGUAUAAAUAAAAUUAUGAAAUAUAAAUUAAUUCCAAACUCAUCACUAUGUCUUUUUUUUAUUAUUAUUAUUAUUACUAAAUGUACUUGUAAGUUGUCUUUAUUGUAUUGUGUAGUUAUCAGCACUUAUAAAUUUGUAUUUACACUAAGAUUUACACUUUUAUCUCAAUUGUUAGUUAUUUCACAGCUCUUCAAUUUACCUAAAAUCAAUUUAUUGUAUUAUUUUUAAAAUUUUAAAAAAUACAUCACUAUUUUUUUCUACAAAUCACUACUAAUUUGUUUUUAGGAUUUUAUCUAUUUAAGCAAACAAAUAAUUAUAUUAUAAUACCACAGACUAUAUUUUUACUAUUUUAAAAUUAUUCUGGUAAUAACUUUAGUAAAAAUGAUUUGUUUUGAACAAACUUAAUAUAUUGAUACCUAAUGAUUUAAAUUUGAUAAAGUUAAAGAAUAUUUAAUGUUAAGAUAAAUUUCUUAAAGAAAAUAAAACCACAUCUAAUUUAAAAAUGUACUUUAAGUUACUUGUGUAUUAUACAAUAUAUUCACGAGAACACCAAAAAAUAAUAGAUCCGUAGUUUAUUGAAUUUAGCAUUGACUGCUAUAGAUCAAAUGUUAUGUUACAGGGUUAUUGUAUUUUAGAUAUUUCAAUCUCCAUUUUAUUGUGUACCUAGCUUCAUUGUGCUGUGAAAUACUACAUAAAUCUCAAUAAUGGCACCAUGCAUGUGUUUUUCAUUUAUGAAACCUGUGAUGAUAAUUUUGCUAAUUUCCAUUUUCGCGUAAGUAAUAAUGAUAAUAUUAAGACUGUAGGUAUUUAAUGAAUUUAAUUUAUUCUCUAUCUUAUUGUAAAUUAAUUACAUUAUUUGUUGUAAACCAUAAUUAAAUAUAUAUAUAUAUAUCAAUUAAAUAACAUUUGUAUAAUAAUGUAUAUUGUAUUUAAAAUAAUUGAUACUGCUUUUAGUUGCAACAAUACUUUAUAUUUUUUGUAAAUAUUUUUAAUAUCAUCAGUUUGGUUAUUAUUGAAUUAAUGAUAAGUGAUACAGACAAAUAGAUGUAAGUAGAAACAAAUUUUUUUAAAAAAUCAUCUUUAUAACAGACUUUUAGAGUAAUAACAAAGAUGAAGGAAAAUGAAGAUUACUGGGAGUAAAAAUAAAGUAUAAUUUUAAAGAGUGUAAUCAAGAAUCUGAAGAACAAAGCUACAAGGCAUGUUUUGAAAAUUUGAAUUAUAGGUGAAAUUGAUAGGCUUAAAUAUGAUCAGUUUAUAGUGUAUGUCAAGUAUUAGGUUGGCUUACUCAUAAUAUCUGGGAAGAAGAAAAAUGCCAUUUAACAUUUUGCUUUGCUUGCUACAAUUAAGCCUUGUUUUUAUAAUUCCUAAUUUAAUCAUCCUUAUAAAAAAAUAAUGUACAUAUAUAUAAAAAUUAAAUUAAUUCAUUAAUUUUUAAUAUACCUACUCCUUAAAAUAAUUUUCCUUCUUAACUUACAAUUAGACCAAAUUCAAAAUAAAAAUUGUCCUCCAUAAAAUGUGUUAAUAAUAAGAUAUAUUAAAUUAUAUAGGUCCCCUGAGAAAAUGUUAGUUAUUUUAUUUCUGUAUAUCUUGUAUACAGUAUAAAUGUGAAUUUAAAAUGUUUUGUCUAUACAUUUAAUUAAUAAAUUAAUUUAUACAUACCUUACCUAUAUAAAAGUAUCUGAUUACACUAAUUAUUAAAAUAAAACAAAUUUUACUGCUAGCUACAUGUUUACUAUAUGCAAGUAUAAUUAAAAUAAAACAUAUACAUCUCAUUUCUAAGAUUCUUAUUUUAAAUUAUUUUGUGUAGAUUGUAAACAUUGACACCUAGAACAUCAUGAGUUAGUGGGUUUUAUUAUUUUUUCAAAUACUUUACAAUAAAAUAGAAAACACUGUGGCUCAUUCUAUAAUAUAGUUUUAUUAUUAAAAAUAUUUCCAUUUGUAUGUAAUAUUGAAAUUGUUUUUACAAAAAUCACAUCUCAUCCACAUUGUAAAUAGAUUUUAUUAGAAAUAAGUACUUAGAUGAUUUUGUUACUUGUACAAAUGUUUGAUUAAAUUAUUUAUUUAUUUAGGACAUGUUGUAUCACUUCAAGUUUCUUUGCCAUCAUAUUAUUUCUCGUGUUUAUAAUAAUUCCAAUAGUUUUUCGAUAUUCACCAUCACUUCAAAGGGGAAUGAUAUUUCUUAAUUAUGGUAAUGUUAAACAAAUAUAUUAUGUAUAUUUUUAUUUGAUUGUUAAAUUACACUAUCAAAAUUCGACUAUUUAUUACAUAAUUCUGUUUUAUUUUUUUUAGUUCGUAUACCAGCUGUUGUUAAUUAUAGCCAUCCUGAAAAUUACGGUAUCAAAGGAGCAAACAAUUUUUACAUAAAAACAUUUGACAAUAUAACAUUAGGAGUGUGGUAUGUAAUUUAUUAUUUUAAACUAAUUUAAAUUAAAUUAAAUUAUAAUAAUAAUAAUAAUAAUUAUCCUUCAUAUUAUUUAUGAACUUAUUUUUUAUUUGCGCAUUAAUAUUUAAUAUGUAUAAUAGCGGAGAUAUUAAAUCGAAUUUGAAGUAAAUUUUUUUUAUAACUAAUAUUUUUUAUCAAAAUGUCUGUGGUCUUUUAAUUAAGAUUCCAUUUUUACUAUAGCCUUAUUAAAUGUGAAUUAUGAUAUAGUUUGUUUAAAUAAAACAUGAUUAGACCUUAAUGUUUUUGAUGAAGAAUCUUUUAAAUUUGAAAUAAUAUAAUUGUAUUCAAAAUUAUUUAGGUCGCAUUCUUGAUUGUAUAUUUCUUAGUUCUAAUACAGAACUUACUUCUAUUAUUAAUUCCUCUGAAUCUUUGGAACAAAUAGUUGAUAGUUAUCAUCCUCCUUUAGAGUUGUAUAUAAAAUUUACUGAUUACUCUAUAGGUGAUUUUAAUGAGUUAUCACUUGUAUAUAAUUUUAAGUACUGAUAUUUUAAUGAAAUCUCUCUUUUUCUUUCUAACAUCGAUUACUUAAUCUAAUAUAACAUUAUUGAUAAGAAGUGUGCCCAUAAAAAGUUUAAACAAUGUCAUUCCCAAGAAAAUUAUAUAUUUUCUAACCUUGGGAAAAAAAUGUAAAUAGUUAAUUUCUAACUGCCUUGCAUAACAUAUUAUAAAUAUUGAAAACAGUAUCUAAACAAGUAUCUUUCUGGAAGUAUGUUAAUUCACUAAAGAAAACAAAUAGUAUUGUACCAGAUUGCUUUAAAUAUGAAAACUUCUCAUCAUCAAAUGUCUCUGAAACUGUUUAACUAUUCGCUAACUAUUUUCCCAAUGUUUAUGUUCCCAAUUCGAUAAUCCUUAACUUAAAUAAUUGAGAUUCUUCUGAAUUAAUUUCAAAAACUGUUUCAAUAAACAAUAUUAAUGUUAAUCUGAGCUCUUGAACUAUGAAUCAUAAUACAAUUUGUGAUUUUUUAAAUAAUUUAGAUAUGUAUGAGGGUACUAUAUCUGAUGGUGUUCCAUUAAUAUUUUUGAAAUUGUGUAAUUUUGCACUAAUUAGGCCACUACGAUUUAUUUUCAGUAGCUUUUUAAGUCUGGGCCAUUUCCCUAAUAUCUGGAAAAAAUCUUGUUGCACCAGUUUAUAAAUCAUAGGAGAAACAUAAUGUUUCAAAUUAUAGGCCAAUUUCUAAAUCGUCUCUUAUAUCCAAAAUAUUUUAAGCAAUUAUAACCAAAAAAUUAACCACAAUAAUGUCUCCUUAUAUAUGUAAAAAUCAGCAUGGAUUCAGACCCAAAAUGUUUUCUAUUCAUGUAUUAUUUUUUCAGUCUAAGAUACUUGAUGACCUUAAUGACCAUGUCCUAUUAGAUUCAAUUUAUACUGAUUUCCAAAAGGCAUUUGAUAAAGUAAACCACAAAUUACUUCUAAAUAUAUUAGUUUCUUUCGGUAUUCAUGGUACAUUUUUAAAUUGGAUAAAGUCCUAUAUUAGCUCUUGCACUCAAGCUAUUAAAGUGUCAUUAAUAUUUCAAACAAUUUUUUUAGGUAGUUCUGAUGUGCUCCAAGGUUUGCACCUGAGCCCCUUUUUAUUUAUAUUAUUCAUAAAUUAUCUACCUUCUAUUUUUGAUAGCUGAGUAAACAUUCUUUUAUUUGCCGAUAAAUUUUUCUCAAUAGUUAAAUCUCAAGAUGACACGUUAAUUUUACAAUCAAAUUUGGAUAAGUUUGCAAUAUGAAGUUGUCAAAAUCGCCUACUUCUAAAUAUAAAUAAAUAUAGUGUUAUUACUAUUACUUUAGAUAAUGAAAUUGAUUAUAAUUAUAACAUUGAUAACUGUGUUGUAAUUAUUAUCAUAUUAAUUAAGUAUAUUUCAAUUAAUAACUUUUAUUAAAACAAAGUAUAUAUUUUAGUUUAAUAAUUAAUUCAAUAUACUAUUUAACUCAAGUAUGUAUAUUGCAGGCACAUUUUACCAGGUAACCUUUUAAAAAAAUAUGAUGAAGAUAAAUCAAGUUAUGAACGCCUCUUAAGUAAUGGAGAACCUAUUGUAAUAUAUAUGCAUGGUAACUCUGGAACUCGAGCCAAUGAACAUAGAGUUCAAUUGUAUCAUGUUCUACAAAAAAUUAAUUGUCAUGUAAUUGCUGUAGAUUAUAGAAGUAUGUAAUAUAUUAUAGGUGUAUUAUGUUAUUGAAGAGUUUUUAAUUUUAAAUUAUUAUUGUGUGUUAGGUUAUGCUGAUUCAACUGAUGUUGAAGUCAGUGAAUCUGGUGUGGUGUCGGAUGCAAUGGAAGUAUUUAAAUGGACUCAUGAACGUGCAAAUGGUUCACCUAUAUUUGGUUGGGGUCAUUCAUUAGGAACUGGGUAUGUUAAAUAAUUUUUUUUUUUUGGUGUAAUUUAAAACUACAUUUUUUUUCAUGAGAAGAAUCAGUGCACAUGCAUACUCUUUAUUAGAAAAAGAAGGUCUUUAUCCUAAUGGUCUCAUACUAGAAGCGCCAUUUACCAAAAUGAGUGAUGAAAUACGAGAAUAUCCACUUACCAAGGUAAAAUAUAAUUUUAUUCAUCAUCCUAAUUUGGUGUGACUUUUCGAAGUCAUAAAUUGUUUAGAUUGUUUGAGUUACUCUAAUAAACAAACAAAAUGUGUAUAACAUUUAGUUCUUAUUUAAAUCACUUCCAGUAUUUUUUCUAAGUUUAAAUUGUGUCUAAUUUCUGGUGCAUAUGUCCCAAAUUCAGACAUCCGCCUAUUAUACUCAAAUUGCUUUCAAGGUAUUUUGGAAAAAAAUUGAGUACAUCUAUAUAUACAAACAACAUUUUUACUCUGUAUCAUACUCAUUAAUAAAGUAAUUAAACAUUGACAGUCUAUAAUGGAUAUAGAUAGUUGAUCAUAAAUUAUAUCAGGAAGUAACUAGAGCUUCCUAUUUCAUGUUCAGAUGUGAAUAAUUAUUCACGUUUGCACUUAUAUUGAUGUAUUUUAUGUAUUUUCACUACAUAUUCUUAUGGAUAAUGCUAAAACAAAUUAACACAGAUAGUGAAUUCAAGUAUAUUAAAUAUACAUGAGAAAACAUUUUUCGUUCAAUUUACAGGGACUGGUUUCAUGUACUUUUCAUAGUGAAAGACCCUGAAAAAUAAGAUAUUAUAUUAUGUGGACUGCCAGUAAAUUUUUGGCCCAAACAACUAAACAAAUUUAAAUAGUGGAAAAAUGCCUUAAAUUUGUCUAGAAUUUUCUUUUACGUUUUUCCUAUUUUCCCAAUUGUUAUGAAAACUACUUGUAAAAUCAUAAAAUGACCUAAAAGUACAACAAAAAGUUUUUAGUCAUUGUUUAAAUGGAGCAAGAUUUUUUACAAAAAAUAUGUCCACAGACAAAAAAAAUUGCACAUAUUUUGGUUAUAUGAUGGACCUUAACUCUUUAAUUACCAAUAUAAUCAGGAUGCCUAUAAGCAAAGUGUACAUUAAUAGAGAACCUAUGGAAAUAGGUUUUCCGAUUGGCUCUAAUCCCAAUGAAAAAACAAUUGCAAUAUCAGUUUAUAAAAAGUAUUUUGUGUUUUAUUUAUAUUAUUUUAUUAUACUAGCCUAUUUUUAUUUAUUUAUUUCUUUGUAGGAUAUAAGACUUGGAUUUUUAAUUUAUACUUACUCCUUGUAUUUUUUUAAUUUAGGUACCUAUAUGAUAACUAUUUUAAUUGUUAAAAAUAACUGAUCAGUAGGACAUAACACUAAAUUAUAGCCUAUAAGUGUUAUUUGUUGAUGUAAAUAACAAUUAAUUCUAUUAUAAUUUGUUUUUUUUUUAAGUUAUAACAGACAAUGAAGUAGACAAUGAAUAUUUUGAGGGUUGGCUAAGUAAGUAUCUAUACAUACAAUAUAGAUUGUGAGGGGAAAAGUGAUUAUGUAUGAAUGUUAUAUGUAUCUCAAAUUUUGUAUGUAGCAUACAUUGCAUGGAAUAAUGCAUUUAAUUAUGAAACAAUAUUUUAUCCUGAAAUAAUAAUUUAAUAUGUACCUAACCUACCUACCUAAAAAAAUUAUUUCUUCCAUACAUGUUACAAUUGAUCUAAUAUGAAUGGUAUUUUAAAUUUUACUAAAAGAAAGUACUUUUUAGUUUUUAGUUAUUUUAUAAACCAAAACAUUUAAAAUUCAUAACUGUUAAUAAAAUUGUUAUCUCGUUGGGAUUAGAGCUAAUCGGAGAACAGGAUUUCCGUAGGCUUCUCUAACAAUGUAUGCUUUGCUUAUAUACAACCAGGAUUAACCCAUUAACGCUAUUAAUGGUCCAUUAUUAUAAAAUUAAUUUUACAUUUAUAAUGACUUCAUCAAGGCUAAAUUUCACUGUAUUUUUUUAAGCAAAAUCUUGGUAAAAUUAAUCAUUGGGCUAAAAUAAGUGUUGACCAGCUCAAGAAAAGCCAAAGUAGUACAAAUUGCACAAAAUCAUUACAAUCUAUUAUAUUAUUAUACUAUCCAUCUUGAUGCUAAUAUUAGGUAGGUACUUUAAUAAAUAAUAAAUACAAGAAUAAUAAAAUUCUUUUGCAAUAGCUAAACCCAAUUUGAAUCCCCAUUUCAUAUCUUUUCGUUUAGAUUUUGAUGCUUUAUUAUUUUUGAUAGUAAAGUAUAGUACUAAUAAUCACAAACAAAUAUAUUAGUCAAUCAGAUGCUUUAACCUCUAUCAGAUUUUGUUAACUAACCAAUAUCAGUUAAUAAGUGUCACCCGCACAUAGUAAUCUAUAACAAUGUUGAUCAGACUUUGUAUACUACUUUUUCCUUCUUACAGGCCAUUAAAUAUUUGUUGAUUUCUAACAAAUGAUUUUAAUACUGGAUUAUUGACUCUUGGCAUAGUACUAUCAUAAACAAACUGUUUAAAUCAAUUUUUUAUAAGGCUAUUAGUGGACAAAUAUUACCUAAAAUUUGAAGAACCUAGGUUUUUAAUUAUGUUAAGUGGGGUGAAAUUCAAAUGAUUAUAAAUCUUAUUAAAAUUGUUAACAAUCUACUACCAUUUAUGAUUGAUUAUACAAAUUAGAUAACCCAUGUUAUUGGAAUAUUUAGUUACUACUCAUAGAAUGCUUCUGUUAUGGAUAGCAAAAACCCUUACUUAAAAAUUAAUGUUAAUGACUUAAUAAGUACCCCAUAGAGGCUGUAUCUACCAAAUAUUAACGAUUUCAUGGGCUAUCUAUUUAUUGUAACUAAUACUAACUAAUGCUACUAACUUCUACUCUUAAGUUUCAUUUUUUAAAUCAAUAAUUAAUUUUUUUUUUUUUUUUUACAGAUUCAUCGUAUGUUACCUUGGUUUGAGUUUUUCAUUAUAGAGCCAGUUGUAGAAAAUAAUAUAAUUUUUGAUACAGAAACAAAUUUGAUGAAUACUAAAAUGCCAAUAUUAAUAUUACAUGCAAAAGAUGAUGUAGUGAUCCCUUAUAAAUUAGGUGAAAAGGUAAAUACAAUAGUUUUAUUUUCUAAGUACAACGAAAGUAAGUAACUUGUUGGGAAUUGAAAACUCAAUAAAAUUUUAACAUUCUGAUAAAAAUAUAUUUUCUUAUUUAUUUAUUUAAUAAUCAAUUAUAAAACCAAAAUUCAACAAAAAGAGCAUAAUAAUUCUACUAUGCUUGAAUAUAAUUAAUUGAAAUUAUUAAAAACAUUUAAAAAAAUAAAAUAAAAAGUAUAUCAUCUCCAUAAUUAACUAUAGAAUAUUGUAACUAUGAAAUUGUUUGUAUCUAUUUAAUUGCUUAAUAUUUACAGUGGAAGGGGUAUUUGGGGGUAAACUUUUGAAAUUCAAAUGCUAACCUAUACUUAUUAUUUUACAGACAUAUGAAAAAAUUGUUUAAUACAUUUUAGUCAUUGAAUAACAUUAAUUUAUUCAAAAUGUAGUGCGUGCUUUAGAGCAAUUUAAAGUUUUUAGAAAUUGCUAUUGAUGUCAUUCAUAACACAAUGAACCAUAAUGCUUCUGAGAACCAGUUAUAGCUAUAUUAGUAUUAACUUUAAAUCACUCAAUCAUAAAGUUUUGAAUAAAUUAAUGUGGUUUAAUCAAAAUGUAUUUAAAAAUAUUGUCAAAUCAUUAUGUUUGAAAAAAAAAUGUAGGUUCCCAUUUGAAUUUCAAAAGUUGAUCCACAAAGUCCUCCUAAAAUACUAAAAAACCUAAAAAAAAAAAAAAAUGUAAAAAUCAUUAUUAUUAUACAUUUUUCUCUAUUGUGAAUAUUUAUAUAAUUAAAUUACUGUAACAUAAAUUGUGUUGUUUUCUAGUUGUACACUCAUCUACUUAAAACUCGACAAAAUGCUAAAACUGAAAUAGUGUUGUAUGAUCAGCAUUAUAAAUAUGGCCAUAAGUAUAUAUGUAAAGAUGAAGAAUUAGGAAACCGAACUUGGUUAGUAUAUUAUAUGGAACCUUGUCAUUUUUUUCUUGUAUUUACAAAACAUAAUUUUUUUAAGUUAAAACUAAUUUUAUUUUUUUUUUUUCAGGAAAUUCAUACAAGAUUCUUUGGAGAAUUCAUCUCAAUAAAUAUGUUUACUUUUACAUUAACCAUAGGCAUUAAUAUCAAACUUAUGAGAAAUAUUAUUAUACUUACAUAAUUUUCAUUUCAACUAAAUACUACUUAUUUUCUUGGUAGAUAUUGUUAUUUGAACUAUACAAGUGUGAUACAAUUCAGUAGUAACUAUUUAUUUUGUAAUUGUGAUAAAUUAAUGUAGUAUUAUCUGUUCUAUUUUUAAUUCAGCUUUUUAAAAUUAAACGUAUAAUCAAAUUAUUCAACUCUUUGAUUUUGCAUUUUUUAGUUUCUUUAUUUUUUACAAUUAUUUAUAUUGUUAAUUCAAAAUAAUAUUAUUUAAUUAUAUUUGAUUAUUAUUUGUUUACAAAUAUUUACAAAUUGUAAAUUUUUAAUUUUUGAAUUAGAUAAUCAGGUGCUAGAUUUGUUUUCCUACUUUUAUGUCUUAUAUAAUUGAUUUUUAAAACUCUUUCAAGAGCAGGAAGGAAUGUAUUGUACUACAAUUUCAUAUUUUAUUUAGUUUUUUGUGGAUAAAAUUGUUUUGGCUAAUUAGAAAUGUUGACUGUUCUUGUUUAUCUAAAGUGUCAUUAAUAUAUCCUAUUGACAAUAAUGUGUAUAUGAUUAUUGAUAAAAAUAAUAUUUAUGAAUAUUAAAUAUAAAGAAUAUUAUUAUUAGAGGACACUGCUACAUUAAAAUACCAUUAUGAAGACUAAACACUACAGAAGCGUCACAAAUAGACCAAGAUCUGUAUGACAAAAAAAACCUUUAGCUUGAC